AUGUCUGCUUAUGCCAAGUUCUUAAAGGAAAUCCUGUCAAGAAAGAGAAAAUUAGAGAAAAUAACAGUGGUCAAGUUAAAUGACAAUUGCAGUGCUAUCUUGCAAAAUAAAAUUCCCCAAAAGUGUGAGGACCUAAGAAGCUUCACCAUACCAUGCUCAUUGGGGAGUGAAAAAUUUGAUAAGGCCCUCUGUGAUUCUGGUGCGUCAAUAAAUCUAAUGCCUCUGUCCAUAUUUAGGAAACUGGAAGGUGAUCUUGGAGUGAUCAAAUCAAUACGAGUGUCUCUACAACUGGCUGACCAAACCACCAUUCUAUAUGAGGGAAUCAUUGAAGAUAUUUUAGUGAGGGUGGACAAGUUUGUGUUCUCCGUGGACUUUGUUAUGGUGGAUAUGGAGAUGAAGAGGAUGAUGAAAUACCCCAGUGAUGAGGCGUCCGCAUACUCGUGUUUCAAGUUGGACAUUGUCGGAGAAUUGGAUGAGAAAUACAAGUUUGACAAGCUUGUGAGGGAUACUCUAGAGAGGUGUAUUACUCAGUCUAGCAUAGUGGAGGAUGAAGAUCUUGAAAUAAAGAAAGAGGCAGAAGCUCUUGAGACUGAGGAUCAACUGGUUGAUGAGGAGGAACUAAAGGAGGAGGCUUCUAAGCCUAAUGUGGAAUUGAAAUCCUCCCCACUCACUUAA